AUGAGAAAUACGACUUUCCACAUCGGCGAGACAAACAUCAACUGCCGUAGGAACGGCGAAGAAACUAAGUUCCUUGGCAGGCCAGUAGGAUUCCACCUACUGCCAAAUUCUACAGCAAUUGAUGAAUUCAAGAAGCUGGGGGAAGCCAUACUGACCAGCAAGUUGGCGCCCUGGCAAAGGAUUGAUGCUCUAAAGACCUUUGUAUUCCCUACGACGGUAUUUGCAAUGCGAACGUGGCAGCUGAGAAAAGGAGAUUGGCAGGAACUCGAUGAUCACCUACGAAAAUUAAUCAAGUCAACGCUCUAUCUCCCGACCCGAGCUACAAAUGACUACCUAUAUGGCAGCGCAGCGGCAGGCUCCUGUGGAAUCCCCCUUGCUGCAGAGGACUCAGACGUGUUUGUGAUUGAUUCGGCCUUCAAACUUCUUACUACGCCGGACCAAGACACAAGAAACAUCGCGAGAGAAGACUGCACCAAGGUCGUGACCCGGAGACUACGAGAAGACGCUACAUUAGUGAAUGUCUGCCAAUAUCUGUCCAAGGAAGCAAUGGCUCAGCGGCCGACUGGUCACGAAACAGUCUGGUCCAGAGCAAGAAAUGCAUCUGCAAGACUAGACACGAAAUGGUCUGCCGACGGCGAAGAGCUAGCACUAACAUGCGGGGAACGGACCAUGACAAGGAAGGAAAGAAGACUCGUGGCAAGGAACAUCCGCAAUCACCAUCGUGGACUCAGAGACGAAAGCCUGCAGGACAAGCCGGACCAAGGAAAAGUGAUGAAGCAAGUCGCAAAAGUCCGAGCCUCGUCCUCCUUCAUCUACGACGGAGCAUUCACUACCUUCGCAGACUGGAGGUUCAUCCACAGGGCUAGGCUUAAUCUCCUCCCCCUCAAUGUAGCAAGGCGCUUCAAUGUUAACUCUGAUAAACGUUGCAGGCGUUGCAAGAACCCAAACGAGACUACCACACGUCCUUAA